AUGUUGCAUGGAGCAAGAGGAGGGAGACUGCUUCGUUAUCCUGCACUGAGGACGAACGAAGAGGACGAGGACGAGCGGGCGCUUAUAAGAGCUCAACCCGGGGCCGAGAUCUCGCGAGAUCGUGUCGUGUUACACGAUCUUCGCAGCAGUUGGGCUCCGACGGCAGAGAGGAGGAGACGGUUUCCCGCAGAUGUCUACUGUUUCCUGACUCAAUCCGGGAGUCUAGAAGUAGCCAUGGCGUCUGGCCUGCCCAGCGUUGUUGUGUUGGCUCUGUGCGUGACCCUGGCCCCUUGUGUGUCUGCGGGGAGCCAGGACUGUGACUCCUACAGAGAUACAUUAAGCCAAUACCACUCAAGCCAGACAUGCAGGAUAGGAUUUUGCUGUGGUUCCUGCUAUAACAGAUACUGCUGUCAGGAUAGUUUCUGGCGUUUUUCUAAGGAUGAACAAGAUGACUGUGAUGAUUUUGGCUAUAGAAGUUCACCAAUGCCCAUGAUCCUUGGUAUUGGUGGCCUUGUGACCUGUUUGCUCAUCUUCAUCUGCUGCUGUGUCUGUCCCUGCUGCUGCCUGUACAAGAUGUGCCGCAAGCCACGACCUGUAAUAGCUACCACCACCCACACCACAGUGGUCACCACCGCUCCUCAGCAGUACCCCCAGCAACCAACUGCAACACCUGCACAGCCUCAGUCCUACCAGGGGGCCCAGUAUCCACCCUACCAGCCCGUACCAGUGCAGCCGGGUUAUGGAACCCAGCCCAUGCCCCAGGGCUACGGAGCCCAGCCCAUGCCAACAUCAGGCUACCCGGGACAACCGUUCACAGCCGGACCCCCACCAACAUAUCAGGAAGCCACGGGUCCUUGCUACCCUCCCAACCCGAUGCCUUACAGCCAGGCUGCGUACAGCCCCGGCCAGCCAGCGUACCCUCUGCAGCCGCCUGUCCAGCCGCAGCCAGGCGUUCCACCCGCACGCCCAGACUACCUUGCCCAGCCAGCAUACAACCCGGAUUUUGUUGCACCACCACCCAAAACUGGAUAAUAGACCACAGUACCACACGCUCAGCCACUUAAUAUGUGCUGCAACAUUUUCAAACUUGGCAGAACUGGAAAUGUGUUAUCUGAAUCAAGAUGUUGAUUGUUUCUGAGCGUCUUGAUUUGUGUAUUUUGGUGGUUAAAAUUUGGAAAAAUCAUGACACAUUUGUAGUUGUUACAAUACAUCUGUACUGUUGAAGAGAUGCCAAGUAAAAAUACCUCUUGGCUCGUAUUGCAUGGACUUACAAUGUACAAGUGUUGAGAUUGUCUUUUUUUUUUUUUUUAAUAUAUUUCUUAGUGACUCCAUCUUAGUCAUCUUGGUAAAUUACACACAAAACUACUCAGUCUUUGACAUGUUUCCAGCCUUCUGAACCCUGC